GUCUACAUUUACGUGCACAUAAAUAUUCUGAUAUUAAUCAGAAUUUGGCAAUAUGCUAAUUAGUAUUGAGUCAUUCUGAGUCACAAUAUUCUGAUUCCCCAAAUUCUGAUUCCCAGCCCUGGAAUAUUCUGGUUUUAUUCUGAAAUUGUAUGCGUGUUAACACCUUAAUCAGAAAAUCCACUGAAAGGAGAUAUAUGCACAUUCUCAGUAUGCAAGGAAUUGAAAUGAUUCUCAGUGGAUCAGAUUAUCUGUUUGAAGCUUUAGACCACAAAGUGUCCUUCAAGGAGAUGAAAGUACUAGUACCACCGAACUGGAAGAAAGGAAAGUAUGAGAGCGCAAGAACAGAAACCUUCAACAAGGCCAGAAUAAGAAUCGACAGCCCACAUCCUGCAUUUGGUGACGAUCCAUACACUCAUCAGACCAAAGGUUGUGGAUGUGAGGGCGAAUACAUUCAUUUCACCCCAAACUAUUUGUUAAACAAUCAUCUUAUUAAAGCAUAUGGACCUAGAGGAAGGGUUUUUGAGCAUGAAUGGGCUCACCUCAGAUGGGGGGUAUUUGAUGAAUAUAAUAAGAGAGAGCCCUUUUACAUGUCUGUUUCGGGUCAGAUUCAAUCAACAAGCUGUUCUGAUAAGAUUUCUGGUCAGUGGUAUGAAAUUAUCAAUCAAAGCCUCCGACCUUGCCAGAAUUUGGAUGCAGCUGGCAAACCCACAUCCAGCUGUGUAUUCUUUCCGCACGCAGUGCAAAAGACAAAUCCCUCAAUAAUGUACAUGCAAAGCAUAGUCUCUGCAAGAGCGUUUUGUCGAGAAGAGGAACAUAACGCCGAAGCCCCCAAUGAACAGAAUGAAAAGUGUUCGCGCAAAGCAACACGUACAGUAAUCUUUCAGGAAUCCGUAGACAAACAUGCCCUUCUCAAUCUAAAACAUCUUCCAUCUACACCACCAGCUCCAACAUUCAAAGCCAUACAGAGAGGACCUCGGGUCGUCUGUCUCAUCCUUAAUGUCUCAGGAAGCAUCAGUGGUCGGAGAAUAGAACUACUACAGCAAGCUGCUACGAUUUUCUUAAAGCAGAUCAUAGAGGAACAACAGUUUGUGGCACUUGUGACUUUUAGUACUGAAGCUCAAAUAUUAACCCAGAUCACUUUAAUAGACGGACCGACUUCCAGAGACAAUCUAAUUAACAAGGUGCCUAAAACCGCAGCUGGAUCUACAUAUAUAUGUAAAGGAAUCAGAAAAGGUUUGGAGGCUCUUCGAAAGGAUGAAACAAUAGGAGAUGAAGUUAUUUUUCCGACAGACGGGGAAGCAACUGAUAAUGUCACGGAUUUUUUACAGGCAGCUGUUCAUAGCGGUGCAAUCAUUCACACUAUAGGAACAUUUAUCGUAUCCAAGGAUUCGAUACGUUUCAACCAGCUUGUAGAUGCCUUUUCCUCAAUGACCAUGUUCUAUGGAAAUCCCAUCACACAGCCCAUUCAGCUCGAAAGCACUGGAACGAAUGUUGCAGAUUGGUUCAACGGAACAGUUCCUGUUGACCGGACUGUAGGAAAUCACACCAGCUUUAUAUUAAUUUAUGAAAGAAGUGCACCCACUGUGUAUAUAGAGUCACCAAGUGGUUUGGUUUACGACCAGACGCACACCACUGACAUUGCUAAUACAAUCACUUGUACUGUUCCAGAAACUGCAGAGACUCUAUUCUAUCUGAAUAGAGACACAGUAACUCAGCAAGUGAGUUUAACCAUAAUGAGUCGGGCAGCUCGUGAAGACGUUCACCCAAUCGCAGUCAGAGCCAGAAUGAACCAGCAGACCAGCGAUGGCACUAAACCCAUGACCGUGUUGGCUCACGUCAGUCAGAAUUAUAAUCCUGUGUUUGGGGUCAGUGUUUGGGCGAACCUGGAGUCAGAUACUGGGCACUCGGUACAACGGCAGCUCCUUGAUAACGGAGCAGGAGCUGAUGUUUUCAAAGACGAUGGCGCCUAUUCCAGAUAUUUCCCAAACUUAAGACGUGGAAAAUACAGUCUGAAAGUGAGAGUGGAAAAUCAACACGGAGGAGGCCAGUUUUCUCCCCACAGACACAGUGGUGCUCUGUAUGUCCCCGGAUAUAUUGUGGAUGGUGAAGUGGAAUUAAACCCUCCUAAGCCCCCAGUAAACCAGCAGCCAGUAGAUGUGGGCAGCUUCACCAGAACAAUAACUGGGGAGAGUUUUAUAGCGGAAGCAGAUGCACCUUCAAACUUCCCUCCAAACAAGAUCACAGAUCUGACUGCGGAAAUCCAAGAGGACACGAUGCGUCUCAACUGGACGGCUCCUGGUGAUGAUUAUGACCAGGGAACAGCCCAAUCCUAUGAAAUGAGAUGGAGUGAAGAUUUGAAGACGCUUCAACACAACUUCAGCAGCGCUAAUCUGUUCAACACCUCGGCUCUUCUGCCUCAAGAGUCAGGCUCAGCUGAACGACACUCUUUCCAGCUUAAUAUUACAAUUAAAAACGGCAUCACACUUUUCUUUGCCGUUCAGGCAGUGGACCAACACUCAGCAAAGUCUGAGGUAUCCCAUAUUGCUCGAGCAACCAAGUAUGUCGCAAGUCCCAAACGCCCACCCAUUCCAAAUCCAGACCCGAAACCGAUUCCUAUCAUCAUCAUCAUCAUCAUCAUCAUCUCAGUCUGUGUGGUGAUCAUAGUGACAUGUGUUAUAGCUGUGAUCAUCACAUUAUCUGCACUGAAACAAAAAGAUAUUAUUGCAUAAGGCAUUAAUAGAACAAAGAAUACACCAACACUGCAAGCCUAAAGAUUUAUUUCACAAAUCUGAUUUUUUUUUUCUCCACUUUGUGUCCCGAGACUACAUUUUCAAACUUUUUGAGAGGCUAUCUGUAAUCGUU